AUGGCUGGAUUACUGAAUAACAAUAUGGAGAGGAUGUCCAACCUGUCUCUCAAGAGCUCCCUCGGUCAGAAGCAUGCGCCUCUCAUUGCACAGAAGCAUAGCAAGUCUCAACUACCCGAUGAGAUUUGGGAGCAAAUCUUACACCAUCUUGAGAUGACAGAUAUCAAGUCUCUGCGCCUUGCGUCAAAGAUUUGGAUAGAUGUUGGUGCCCUUUUCCUGUUUCGGCCGUUCAUCUUUCGACCAGACCGAAAUAAGUACGAUGUAUUCAACAAGAAGUUAGCACACACGCCAAUUGCCAAAGCCAUCAGCAACAUCCGGUUUGAGCUUGGAACACAGCAAAUUGAUUUCGCAGCUCAUAAUAUUGGCUACGCAUACUAUCACGCACUGAAGACUUUGCGAGACGACCCUCGUCCAGAAAGCGUAAAGAAAGCCCAGUAUGAAUUACUGGAGGAAGACAAGAUUGCAGCCAUGACAGAGUACGCUGAAUGGAACGAACGCUGGCAUGAAAUGGACCAAACAUAUCAAAGUAGGAGCGGUCUGGAAGAAAUAUUCAGCAAGACAGAAGCAUUGACUCGGAUCGAUAUCUCUUACAAGUCCUGCCCAUUCAAAUCCGAGCUCGCUAUGGACGCUUGGAUGCAAAGGACCGAUAAUUACAACUUCCGAAAGACUAAUCAGGAAUUUGUCGCCAUCCUUCGAACUUUGACAAAGGCACCCAACAAACUGCAACACCUGAGCCACGAUCAACUUCCAGUUUCAUUUUUCAUGGCGGCAGUCAAUGAUAUUGUUGCCGUCGCAGCACCGUUACAUCAGCUAAGAACCCUGCCUUUAACACUCGAUGCAACAGCAUCGCCUCACAAUACCGUUUGGCGGAUGCUUGGUUCAUUUCUGAAGACCCUCCCUGAACUGAAAGAUCUCCGCCUCGACUUCGCUUCAUUGCCAACUAGAUUCGACAAUGAAGGUACCUGGAAAAGCAGCUGGUAUCUCGCCGAGGAGUGGUAUGCUCCCCUGUCAAAGAUACUUGGUAAGUUCACUUGGAAAAACCUCGAAGCUGUCUGGCUCGGAGGCCUAGUGUUGUGCGAGAAAGGCUUGACGCAAUUCUUCUCUAGACAUGCAAAGACACUGAAAUCCAUCAAGCUCUCCAAUAUCGGUCUCAUUCACGGCAGCUUUCAAAGAGUCUUCUCUUAUCUUGCGAGACUGCCUCUACGAGAGUUCCGUAUCUGGGGUUACUUCAAAGCUUUGCAUUUUGCAAAUGAGAUCUGGAGGUUUUGCCGCUGUUAUGGACCUUGCGAUGACAAUUGGUCCAAAGUUUUUACUCAGUAUGUGAAGAAGCGAGAUAGUGAGGAUAUGCUUUCGUGGCGAAGAAGUGGCCGUGGUCGUCUCUCGAAUCCAGAAGUUCGUGCUAUGAUAGAGAAUUUCGUUCUCCAGACGCCGAACUCUCUUGGGGAAAUCUGGGCAUGGCCUCUCAUGUACUUGGAUAGUCUGGAUCGCUACUAUCUCAACGAACACAGCGAAGACGGUGAUGGCUGCACAUACCCCGAAGAGAACAUGGACGCUCUGUGGGAGGAUGGUUUAACACGUUCUUUGAAGGAUUGUCGGGAUGCGUGGGUCGAGACUAUUUAUGGCGUCGGUGAACCGCCCAUCAUUGGCUUCUACGACAAGGCGGGUUUCGAUGAAUUUGGGUUCGACUGCGACGGCUACGCUAAGGGAGAGCGACCACCAGUGAGUGAUCAACCGGGUACUGAGGAAAUUAGGACAGACAAAUUCCCGGUGACCAGGGCUCAAUGUUACCGAAUAAUCCACCAGGGUAUCAGAUGUCGAAUUCCACGAUAUUCAGAGCUAGACCCGACAGCCGAGAAUCGUGUCCUUAGACCCGAGCAUACCAGGAGAAAGAAUUGCCAUGUGAUGAAGGAAGUGGAUUGGAGGGAUUGA